AUGGGAAAGCGUAAACGGUUGAAUAUCACUAAGACAAAUCGCACUUCGACUUCUCAACAACAAUCCGAAUCAGGCUCAUUAUCUGAACAACAAUCUGUGUUUUUAGGAACUGAGCUUUCACCAAAUGAACCUCGACAACAAUUUGAACAACCAUCAACUUCAUGUAAUGCUAAGCCAAAAAAAGUUCGAGGUCCUACACGUAUGGCUGAUAUUUGGGAUUUGAAUAAUGAAGAACGAGUUGUUGUCAAGUUAAACGAUCACCGUAUACCAAUUGGAGAAGAAGCUACUAAAUUAACUCGAUUUAUCGGUAGUAUGAUGCGAAUGCCUAACUUUGCACCUAUUACUUACACAACUUGGCAUGAGUUCCCAGAUUCUACAAAGGAAGAAAUAUGGAAAGUAAUCGAGACCAAAUUCACAUUUGAGUUGUUGCAUUCACAUGAGAAUGAUGAGUCUUUAAAUGAAAAUACAACUCAAAUGGUUAAGAGUUGGAUAGUGUCUGAUAUGAGUACUAAGUGGAGGCAAUGGAAGAAUUUUUUGAAGUCCAAAUAUUAUGAUGAACACAAGACAGUAGAGGAAAUGGCCUCAAAGAUUGAUGAUCCUCGAGUAGACAAACAACAAUUUUUGGUAAUUGCUACUUAUUGGUUGACUGACAAAGCGAAGGAACAAAGUGAGACAAAUAGAACAAAUCGUUCAAAAUCUGAUGAACCCCAUUGUGCAGGAACAAGAUCAUUCCCUACUAUUAUUCAAACUGUGACUGAAGAAUCUAAUGGAAUUCCACCAUCACGUGCUGAAAUGUAUAUACGCACUCGUACCCGUAAAGAUGGAAGUGUUGUGAAUGAAAAAGCAGCUUCUGUUGUGGAACUUAUGAAGAAAGGAUUAAGUGAAAGUAAUUCACAAGAUCCUAAAAGGUGUUCAUGGGAAAAUGAUGUGUAUUCACAAGUUAAAGGACCAGAGAAAAGAGGGCGUAUUCGUUGUAUGGGAACAAUUUCUACUUCAUCAAGCAAGUCUGGUCCUUCAUGUUCUCAAAUCAUAUAUCAUAAUGAAGUACAAGAUUUGAAGGCUGAGGUUCAAGGAUUGAAGGAAGCUUUAACUACUGUGAUUUCAUUAUUUCAAAAACAAUUUCCUAAUGAGAACAUGGAGGUCCUAAAUGCUGUGACUCGCAUAGUCAAUGGAGAGGUACCUGAUGCUUCUAGUGCUCAACAAACGCCGCGUGGGAAUAAUCAUUCUCAUGAAUCAAGUCAUCAAGUAAAUCCAAAUGCAUCAAGUGAUGCCGUUUAGAAGAUGACAUCGGUUCUACUUGGGAAAAUUCUUGUUGCUUUAUUGGGUUGUUAGACAUGAAAUGAAAGUAGUUUAUUUUUGUGUUAGAUUUGAAAUUGAGGGAAGAACUCUUGGUUGUCAAGAUUGAAUGGUGGUUUAUUUUUGGACAUAUACCUUAUAAAUAUAUGUUUGUGGUGA